AGAUUUCUUGGUUUCAAUUACACCACCCAUGGCCUCCAAGACCUCAGCUUUUGCUCUCUUCCUCAUCUUUAACUUCCUCCUUUUCACCUUUGCUAGUGCCUGCCCGAGCUCUGACAAGUGCCCGAUGGAUGCCCUUAAGCUCGGUGUGUGCGCCGAUGUCCUCGGUGGCCUCCUCAACAUCACGAUUGGCACACCGCCAAAGGAGCCAUGCUGCUCUUUGUUAUCAGGACUCGCCGACCUCGAGGUCGCCGUGUGCCUCUGCACCGCUAUCAAGGCUAACAUCCUCGGCGAAAUCCUCAACAUUCCGGUCGACCUUAGCCUUCUUGCUAACUAUUGUGGCAAGAAGGUGCCAUCUGGCUUCCAAUGCGCUUAG